AUGGAACCUUUUCCCCAAAACCCCCAAACCUCUCCCGUUAAUCAAAGACGCAAGUGGUCAACCAAAGAAGACGUUGUGCUCAUCAGUGCUUGGUUGAACACCAGCAAGGAUGCAAUCGUCGGUACUGACCAGAAGGCUGGAGCUUUUUGGAAGAGAAUUGUGGACUACGUGUGCAAGUUUGUGGGCUGCUAUGAAGCAGCAGUGAGGGAGCAAGCGAGUGGCCAAAACGAGAAUGAUGUCAUGAAGGCUGCCCAUGACAUCUUCUUCAAUGACAUUGGCAUCAAGUUCACACUUGAACAUUGUUGGAGGGAACUUCGGUUCGAUCAGAAAUGGAAAUCACUUGGUGUUCCCAAAGAAGGUCCCAAGGAGAAAAGGAAGGAAGCUGCGGAGGUGGUGGCUGAGGAGGAAGGUGCGGAGGUUCGGCCUCUUGGUGUCAAGGCUUGCAAAGCAGCCAAAUGCAAGAGGCAAGGUUAUGAUGAGAUACAUGCCAUGCUUGCUGUGAAGAAGGAGAUACAGCAACAGAAACUGCUAGAGCGUCUCCUUGCCAAAGACCCUACCCAUCUAACUGCAAGCGAAAUCACCCUCAUGGAGAAACUCAUUUCUGAAAUGAUUUGA